CCAUAUGCCCAAGGCAACUGUUCGUUUUCCUAGCGCGAGCCAAAGUUUAACAUCCGUCUUUCCCAGAAAAUCUUACCAGAAUCGUUUUUAAGAUGAAUUCUAAUUACCAAAUAUUGAACAUCCAGGCUCACUCCUGGGUGGAUAAGCCCAAGAUGGUAUUUCCAACUAUUACCAAGCCCAUUUCGAUUGGCUGUUUCGUCUGGUCGACAAACGGGCAAUUUGAACCGAAUUCUCAAAAAGUGCCCUGUGUCGUGGUACCGCCAACCAUCAAAUUUCCCAUUUCUCUACGGUACGAAGAUUCACCGCCGAAGCUGGAAAAGAAGCCCAAAAUUUUUCUGGACAACAUGCUCCAGUUUAUAGAAUCUUCGUCACACAUGUACGUUAUGGUAGGAAACAACCAGCAGGCACAGCUAAAUGCAAAUAUAGUGUGCACCAGCGAAGUUCUGGAGCUGAUGAUGUGUGCUCCCUACGAAAAGAAGACUGGAUGGUCUCUGGGUGUUACCCGCUAUCGCAACACAAUGUACAUCUGCCGCAUUGAUCUCGAACGACCCGACCCCUUUAAUGAAGACAAUCUGAAGAGGGUCAUGCAAGAAUUAUGGCUUAGGAAGCUUCGAACCCAUUGUGUAUUUGAGAACGGCAUUGAGAUGCACCAUCAAUCUUCUGAAGAACAUUUACGCUUUCAUGGUGUCUUUUCCUUUAAUUUGAAUGGUGUCCGAGUGCUAUUUGAUUCGCCAGUACUAGCCGAGAUGCCAAGCACAACAUUGAAUGGGUCUGCUCCAAGCUGGGUAGACCUGCAGAUACGCCCUAUGUGCAUGAGUCGACUGGAUUGGUCAGUGCACAAUCGCACAGAGGCCCUUAAGUGGUGGGUCAAGUGUUUUCUGCUGGGAAUCGAUAGCCUCUAUAUAGCCCACCGCGAUGAAAACGCCCAUGUGCACAACAUUGAAAAGACUUUGGUGGGGGAUUUAUGGAAGUCUUGCGAAAAAGAUUGGUCGACCACAGUGUGCGCCAACUUCAUGGUUCACCUACUCACUUGUAUUUCCCAAGUUAUGGCGCCGAUCGACUGUCCCAGCACCGUAUACCUAUUUCAGUUCGACGCGCGCCAAGGAACAAUAUCAUACGAGAGCUUGCGAGGGCGCAGUCAAUACACGUUCCUUUCGGACUGGUUCCGGAUGAUGCUGGACGAUCACACAACCGAUAUGUGGAAGACACCGAAUUUGCAAACCAUGUCUUCCACAGUUUACCAAUAACAUUGAGCAAUUACAAAGAAAUGUGAAUACCUUAAUAACAGAACAACAAAAGUGGUUAACUAAUUAAAUGAAGAUUUAAGUUUAUUGCGACAUAAUCAUCAAAUUGUGUUCGUACGCGUUUCAUCACUAUCAAAUAAUUUAAUACAUUUUUUUGCUCAAGUAUUGUGGAGAAUGCAUUCGAUUUUACAAAAAUAUGGAAAUGCUAGUUGGCGGCCAGUUCAACCCGGCGUGCAGCUUAGAGCUCGGUCUUCUUGGGCUUGCCGCUGCGGUCGAAGCCCUUCAGUUCUGUGGUCGCCUCCUUGGCGAUGUACUUAAGGAAGUCAUCUACCUCGCGACCUCCGUUGUAGCUGACUGGCUUGUUCUUGGCGUCCUUGGGCAGCCAGAAGAGGGUGGGGAAGCCGCGCACGUUGAACUCCGGCGGCACGUCGUUGGCGGUGGCGUCCAUCUUGACGAUGGCCACAUCUUCGUCCUGCAGCUUCUCGGCCAGCUCCUCGUAGAUGGGAGUCAGCUUCUUGCAGUGGCCGCACCAUGGGGCGUAGAACUCAAUCAGCGUGUCUUUGCCG